GCCUCCUCCUCACCAGCGCUAAAGCCGGGACUGGACCGAGCGGAGUUGUGCGUGUCGCCGAAGGGGGGUGGGUCGGGGGAGGGGAGGUUCGUUCCGCGGAGCCGCAGCCAGAACCGGGACGAGAAAUCGCCUUUAGCCUACGGUGGUGCAUCCUUGGCAGAAAGCAAAGAGGAAAACGCCCUUAUUGUUCUUUGGCAUGGACACAAGUUCAGUGGGAACAUUAGAACUGACUGAUCAAACUCCAGUUUUAUUAGAGAGUACGGCCAUGGCAACUAGUCUCACAAAUGUAGGCAAUUCGUUUAGUGGUCCGCCUAACCCAUUAGCAUCUAGAUCUAGUAAGUUUCAAAACUCACCAGUGGAAGAUGAUGAUGAUGUUGUUUUUAUCGAACCUAUACAACCUAACCCACCUUCUGCACCAGUAGUAAUGGAUCAAAGAAUCGUAACAUUUACAUCAAAAAGUGAAGAACUGCAAGGAAAUGAUUCCAAAAUUCUUCCAUCCUCAAAAGAACUGGCUUCUCAGAAGGGAAGUGUAAGUGAAACAAUUGUCAUUGAUGAUGAAGAGGAUGUGGAAACAAAUCAAGGGCAAGAAAAAAACUCCAGUUUUGUUGAAAGGAGACCUCCUGAAACUAAAAACAGGACAAAUGAUGUGGAUUUCUCUACUUCCAGUUUUUCAAGAAGUAAGGUAAAUGCAGGAAUGGGUAGUAGUGGUAUCACCACAGAACCAGACUCUGAAAUUCAGAUUGCUAAUGUUACAACUUUAGAAACAGGUGUAAGCUCUGUGAAUGAUGGCCAAUUAGAAAAUACUGACGGGAGAGAUAUGAACUUAAUGAUUACACAUGUAACAUCACUGCAGAAUGCCAACUUGGGAGAUGUCUCUAACGGACUGCAGUCAAGUAAUUUUGGUGUUAAUAUGCAAACAUACACCCCAUCUUUAACUUCACAGACCAAGACUGGAGUAGGACCUUUUAAUCCUGGUAGGAUGAGUGUGGCAGGAGAUGUUUUUCAAAAUGGAGAAUCUGCAACUCAUCAUAAUCCUGAUUCUUGGAUCUCCCAGUCAGCAUCAUUUCCCCGUAAUCAGAAACAGCCCGGGGUGGAUUCUUUAUCACCAGUGGCCUCGCUUCCUAAACAGAUUUUCCAGCCUUCUGCCCAACAGCAACCUACUAAACCUGUUAAAGUCACUUGUGCAAACUGCAAAAAACCUUUACAAAAGGGGCAAACAGCUUACCAGCGGAAAGGAUCAGCUCACCUCUUUUGUUCAACUACUUGCCUUUCUUCCUUCUCUCAUAAGCCUGCUCCAAAGAAACUCUGUGUUAUGUGUAAAAAAGAUAUAACUACAAUGAAAGGAACCAUUGUUGCUCAAGUGGAUUCAAGUGAGUCUUUCCAGGAAUUCUGUAGUACAUCUUGUUUGUCUCUGUAUGAAGACAAACAAAAUCCUAGUAAAGGAGCUCUAAAUAAAUCAAGAUGUACAAUUUGUGGUAAACUAACAGAGAUUCGCCAUGAAGUUAGCUUUAAAAAUAUGACUCAUAAGCUGUGCAGUGACCACUGCUUUAAUAGAUAUAGAAUGGCCAAUGGUCUAAUAAUGAAUUGCUGUGAACAGUGUGGAGAGUAUUUGCCUAGCAAAGGUGCUGGAAAUAACGUUCUGGUGAUUGAUGGUCAGCAAAAAAGAUUUUGCUGUCAAAGUUGUGUCAGUGAAUACAAACAGGUAGGUAGCCAUCCAAGCUUCCUGAAGGAGGUUCGAGAUCACAUGCAGGACUCUUACGUAAUGCAUCCUGAGAAAUAUGGGAAACUGACAACUUGUACUGGCUGCCGAACACAGUGCAGGUUUUUUGAUAUGACUCAGUGUAUAGGUCCCAAUGGAUAUAUGGAGCCAUAUUGUUCAACUGCUUGCAUGAAUAGUCACAAGACAAAAUAUGCAAAAUCACAAAGUUUGGGAAUCAUUUGCCAUUUUUGUAAGCGAAACUCUUUACCUCAGUACCAAGCCACAAUGCCUGAUGGAAAACUGUAUAAUUUUUGCAAUUCCAGUUGUGUUGCUAAGUUUCAGGCUCUAAGCAUGCAGUCAUCUCCAAAUGGUCCAUUUGUAGCACCAAGUGAUAUUCAGUUGAAAUGCAACUACUGCAAAAAUUCCUUUUGUUCAAAACCAGAAAUCCUGGAAUGGGAGAACAAAGUGCAUCAGUUCUGCAGCAAAACUUGUUCAGAUGACUAUAAGAAGCUGCAUUGCAUAGUUACAUAUUGCGAAUACUGUCAAGAGGAGAAGACUCUUCAUGAAACAGUAAAUUUCUCUGGCGUUAAGAGACCUUUCUGUAGUGAAGGUUGCAAACUAUUGUACAAACAGGAUUUUGCCAGACGUUUAGGAUUAAGAUGUGUUACAUGCAACUAUUGUUCUCAGCUGUGUAAGAAGGGAGCAACUAAGGAACUUGAUGGUGUUGUGAGAGAUUUCUGCAGUGAAGACUGCUGCAAAAAAUUUCAGGAUUGGUACUAUAAGGCUGCAAGGUGUGAUUGUUGUAAGUCUCAAGGAACUCUUAAAGAGCGAGUACAGUGGCGUGGGGAGAUGAAACAUUUCUGUGAUCAGCACUGCUUGUUACGUUUCUACUGUCAGCAAAAUGAGCCCAAUCUGACAACUCAGAAAGGACCUGAAAACUUACAUUAUGAUCAGGGCUGUCAAACAUCCCGAACCAAAAUGACGGGUUCAGCACCACCCCCUUCUCCAACUCCCAACAAAGAGAUGAAGAACAAAGCAGUUCUGUGCAAACCUUUAACAAUGACAAAAGCUACUUACUGUAAACCUCACAUGCAAACCAAAUCUUGUCAGACAGAUGAUAAUUGGAAGACAGAGUAUGUUCCAGUGCCCAUCCCUGUUCCAGUGUAUAUCCCAGUACCAAUGCACAUGUACAGUCAGAAUAUUCCUGUUCCGACCACAGUUCCUGUUCCUGUACCCGUUCCUGUUUUUCUACCUGCUCCAUUGGACAGCAGUGAGAAAAUUCCUGCAGCAAUCGAGGAUUUAAAAAGCAAAGUUUCUUCAGAUCCUCUUGAUACAGAGUUGCUUACGAUGACAGAUAUGAUGGUUGAAGAUGAGGGAAAAACAGAGGCAUCCAGCAUCAACAGUGUAAUUGUUGAAACUGAUAUAGUUGGUUCAGAUCUCAUGAAGAACUCUGACCCAGAGAUGCAGCCCAGCAUGCCUGAUGUACCAUAUGAACCUGAUUUGGAUAUUGAAAUAGAUUUUCCCAGAGCUGCUGAAGAGCUUGAUAUGGAAAAUGAAUUUUUAUUACCACCUGUUUUUGGAGAAGAAUAUGAAGAACAACCCAGACCUCGAUCUAAAAAAAAGGGAGCCAAGAGAAAAGCUGUAUCAGGGUACCAGUCUCACGAUGAUAGUUCUGACAACUCAGAAUGCAGCUUUCCUUUCAAGUAUUCAUACGGUGUGAACGCAUGGAAACACUGGGUCAAAACAAGGCAGCUUGAUGAAGAUCUUUUGGUAUUAGAUGAACUAAAAUCUUCCAAAUCAGUAAAGUUAAAAGAAGAUCUACUGUCUCACACCACAUCAGAACUUAAUUAUGGGUUAGCCCAUUUUGUCAAUGAGAUCCGAAGGCCAAAUGGAGAGAAUUAUGCACCUGACAGCAUCUAUUAUCUUUGCCUUGGAAUACAGGAGUAUUUAUGUGGUAGUAACCGAAAGGACAACAUAUUUAUUGAUCCAGGAUACCAGAUGUUUGAGCAAGAAUUGAAUAAAAUACUCCGAAGUUGGCAACCAAGCAUACUUCCUGAUGGGUCAAUAUUCUCUCGAGUUGAAGAAGACUAUCUCUGGAGGAUAAGACAACUAGGAUCACACUCUCCAGUAGCUCUUUUGAAUACCCUGUUCUACUUUAACACUAAGUAUUUUGGCCUGAAAACAGUGGAACAACACUUAAGACUUUCCUUUGGCACUGUGUUUAGGCAUUGGAAAAAAAAUCCUUUAACAAUGGAAAACAAAGCCUGUCUUCGAUACCAAGUGUCUUCCUUGUGUGGAACGGACAAUGAGGAUAAAAUUACUACUGGAAAAAGAAAACAUGAAGAUGAUGAGCCAGUAUUUGAACAAGUUGAAAACACGACCAACCCUUCUAGAUGCCCUGUGAAAAUGUUUGAAUGUUACUUGUCUAAAAGUCCACAGAAUCUUAAUCAGAGGAUGGAUGUUUUUUAUUUGCAACCAGAAUGCUCUAGUUCUACAGAUAGCCCUGUCUGGUACACAUCUACUUCACUGGACCGAAACACCUUGGAAAAUAUGCUCGUACGGGUUCUUCUAGUAAAAGAUAUUUAUGAUAAAGACAAUUAUGAACUGGAUGAAGACACAGACUAAAAAGAACAUUUCUGAAGCAGUCGGGAUAAAACAGCAUUAGAUAGUCAUGCUGCUAGAUCUUUACUAUGGAAAACAUUUCAAGUUUACUCCUGUUUUGAGUUCUGUAGCAGUGUACCCACACUGGGUAUUACCAUGUAAAUAACCUGUGAGUGAAAGUUGCCAUUAUUCUAUGUAGUGGUUUUAGGAUACUUAACAAAAUACAUUCAAAUUCUUUUUUUUUAUUAUUAUUUAUUUGAUUAGGUAUGUUUGUAACUUUUUACAUUACAAAAUAUGAAUGAGAAUGUGCCAUGUAUAAUUUUUUCUUGUAGUCUGAAACAUCCAUAUUGCACAACGCUACUGUUGCAAAGCUUCCUUAAGGGGGCGCUUUUCCUGGGUUCUUGACCAGAUGGUUGUAUUAUGAGUAGCAUUACUAAAAGUUUAGAACUUGCAGUGUCUUUCAGAAUUUUUAAAAUAAAAUGUAAACUAAUAGGUUGGGUUUUUGUUUUGUUUUGGGGGGGUUUUAUUUUACCUUUUAGUUACUGAAGCCUUACAAGGUUAUGUAGAGAGAUACCAUCUUCUGUACCAAAAAUAGACAAGAGAAUGCUGUCAAUAUUGGUGUACUGUAAUGUGAAUCUAUACUGGUGAAAACAGUUUUUUGUUCCCUUUAUUAAAACCUUAGUUUCCUUUUCUCAUUUGUGGCUUUCUGCAUCACCCCAAUCAAUUUUUUUUUAUAUAUAUAUAUAUGUAUGUAUAUAUAUGUAAAGAAUAACUAAGUUGAAAACAAAAUCAAGACAUUUUUCUUUUUAAAAAUGUCUGAUGAAAGUGUGAUUCUCCUUUUCUAUGUCAACUAUAAGUAUCUGUAGUUUCUUUCAUUCAUGGAGGUUUUUUGUUUACUCCCCCACCAGAACACAGAUCAUGCUGCAUUAUUCCUCACAUAGUACUCUUAACCUUUACAAAUUUUAUUAGAAUUCUUGUGCCUGCUUCCAUAUAUGACUGGUGCAUACCUUGGAUAAAAUGGUUAGAAAUGCCACUCCUAAAAUAGUUAUUAUAAGAAAGUCAAGCUACUUUAAAUGAUGGUACUGCAUUUUACUAUGAAGGUUACCAGUGUAGUAAUUCUGACUAUUUCAGAUGAUUGAAGAACAAAGAACCACUGAUGGAUAAAGUCUGUCUCAGAGGAAAUCCCUGUUGUUAGAUUGGCUUUGAAAUUUUACUUCUUAUAGAAGAUUGCAUUUUUUUAAAAAAAAACCUUUGUACUGUACUUCUGCAUAGCAACUUAUCUGUUCAAACCUUUUAGGAUAAGGAAGUUUACUUAAAAUUCUACUUUCUAAGGACUUGAGUAAGUGCUAGCUGCAAAUUAUAAAGCAUCUGGCUGACUUUGUAUAGCAUGUGUGUAACCACAUUGUUUCCUCUAAAUUCUGACUUUCCAUGGUGAACAGUAGUCUUGGGGGGCUCUUUUCCACGGUGGGUAGGCAAUAUUCACAUAUCCCUUGUGUAUUUCUCUCCUAGGAAAAUAUGUUAGCACACUAAAGAAAUUUUCUCAAUCAUGCUUUGGAAAAUUUCACUGAUUUAAUUACUGUAUAUUUAAGCAAUAAUUGCCUGAAAUGUUUUUGGCAUAAGCAAAUACUUUAUAAUGUUCUAACUUGUUUUAUAAAGAAAAAAGUUUUUUGUCCCUUGAUUUUGUAUUUAUUGAGUGAUAAUCAGACCGACAUUGGCAAAUCUGAUGUAAGGUACUUUACAGGGAUAAAUUGCUGAUUAUUUAAUGACAAAAAUGAGUAAACAUGUAAAACACAGGCCACAAAAAUUUUCUCAAACUUACCUUUUCCAGAAUUAUUAAUUUAAGUACUUUUCUAAUAAAUGCAUCUAAUUAAAAGGUAUUUAAUUUUAAACAUC